CUUGCCUUUCAUCGCCCACCGCUGCCGCCCCAGCCGCCUCCAUCCGAUCUGCCGCAACCAUGACCGUAGACGCCACUGCCUCUGUUGUCAAGAAGAAGCUCAACGGCUUCGUUGGCUUCCACAACCUGCCCAACCAAGUCCACCGAAAGUCUAUCAAGAAGGGCUUCCAGUUCACCCUCAUGGUUGUUGGCGAGUCUGGCCUCGGAAAGUCGACCCUCGUCAACACCAUCUUCAACACCUCCCUGUACCCCAACAAGGAGACCGCCGAGCUGACCACCGAGACUCCCAAGACUGUCGAGAUCCAGACCAUCAGCGCUGAUAUCGAGGAGAACGGUGUCAAGCUCAAGCUCACCGUGAUCGACACCCCCGGCUUUGGUGACUUUGUCAACAACGAGGAGAGCUGGAAGCCCAUCCUCGACAACAUCGAGGGCCGAUACGACGCCUACCUCGAGCAGGAGAACCGCGUCAACCGCAAGCGCACCGUCGACACUCGCGUCCAUGCCUGCCUCUACUUCAUUGCCCCCACCGGCCACUCCCUGAAGCCCCUUGACAUUGAGUUCAUGAAGCGACUGGCUCACCGUGUCAACCUGAUCCCUGUCAUUGCCAAGUCUGACACCUUGACCGAGGACGAAAUCAAGGCCUUCAAGAUCCGAAUCCUGGAGGACAUUGCCUACAACAAGAUCCAGAUCUACCAGCCGCCGAUCUAUGAGAACGACGAUCCCGAGACUCUCCAGGAGAACAGGGACAUCAUUGCCCGCAUUCCCUUCGCCGUCGUCGGUUCCGACCGUGAGGUCGAGGUCAACGGCAAGAAGGUCCGUGGACGCAAGUACCCCUGGGGUGUCAUUGAGGUCGAUAACGAGGACCACUGCGACUUUGUCAAGCUCCGCCAGAUGCUCGUCCGCACCCACAUGGAGGAGCUCAAGGAGUACACCAACGAGGUGCUCUACGAGAGCUACCGUACCCAGAAGCUGGCCGAUGGCGACUACGAAACCGCGACUCUCCAGAACCCCCUGUCCAAGUUCGAGGAGGAGAAGCAGGCCCACGAGGCCAAGAUGGCCAAGAUGGAGGCUGAGAUGAAGGCUGUCUUCCAGCAGAAGGUCGCCGAGAAGGAAUCGAAGCUGAAGCAGUCAGAAGACGAGCUCUACGCCCGUCACCGCGAGAUGAAGGAGCAGCUCGAGAAGCAGCGCGCUGAGUUGGAGGACAAGAGAAGACGACUGGAGACUGGCCGCGGUGAUGCCGGCGGCAAGAAAUGGUUCAAGGGUUAAAUCCACUCCAUGCUGCAGUCUUUUAUACAACCUCCCACGCUUCCUUCCUUUGUUGCCAGCUCUGGCUUAACGAUCAGGUUUUUGACUCUGAUGUACUUAAUAUAGUCGUUCCCUCCCUUCCCACCUCUUGCUGCUUUUCCUCUUCUGUUUUUGAGCCGUUGUGCUGCACUCUUUCGCUCUCCUCCUCCCACCUUGGCAUUGGGCGACCCCACCGUGUUCGUGUUCCCCUUCACUUUGGCUUUUUUGACCAUUUCAACCGGCAACUACAACAAAUACACAAAGGGACAAUAGAAUUCAUGAAGCUUGG